AUUUUUUCACUUUCUCCUGUCCUCGAGUCCAAUCCGAGGACAAAGCCAUCGUGGAGCCACCGCUGCGAGACUUCCCGACAUAGCAGUUACUGGAGACGAUCCUCCAUCUUGCGCAUAUCACAACACAACAAAAAAUUCCUCGAUCAAACAGGCGGACGGCCUCCCAUAAAUCACAAUGGCAAAGAUCAACACCAUCCUCCUCGACUGCGACAACACCCUCGUCCUGUCCGAAGAACUCGCCUUCGAAGGCUGCGCGGACCUGAUUAACGAGAUUGCCACGACCAAGAAUAUCCCGCUCGACAAGCCAUUUACGGGCGAGUCGCUCAUCAUCGAGUUCGUCGGCCAAAACUUCCGCGGCAUGAUGAAGUCGCUGCAGCAGCGCUUCGACUUCGACAUGACUGACGCCGAGCUCGACGACUACGUGCGCCGCGAGGAGGAUGUCGUCAUCGCCAAGUUGCUGGAGAAGCUCGUCUCUUGCCCCGGCGUCGACGACGUGCUCGCCAAGCUCGCCGCCUCGGGCAAGUAUAAGCUGGCCGUCGUCAGCAGCUCCGCGCUCAGGCGCGUCAGGGCCAGCAUCGAGAAAGUCGGGCAGGCCAAGUACUUCGGAGACGACGUAUACUCGGCCGCGACGAGCUUGCCCAAGCCCACGAGCAAGCCCGACCCGGCAAUCUAUCUGUACGCCAUGGAGAAGCUCGGCAAGAAGGCGGACGAGUGUGUGGCUGUCGAGGACAGCAAGAGCGGGACCUUGAGCGGUACCCGUGCCGGUAUCAAGGUCAUCGGCUAUGUUGGGCCGUAUGCGGAAGCCGAGAAGGAGAAGAUGAUCAAGGUCUUGAAGGAGGCAGGUGCCGUCGUGAUAAUGGACGAUUGGAGCCAAUUCGGCGAGUGCUUGGCCAAAGUCGAGCGCGGUGAGAUUUAAAGGGUCGCGGUUGGUGAUGCAAUUUUUAUAGAAACAUUGGUCAGACAUUGGAUACGCAUGAUAGACGCAGCGAAUAUUUGUGUUUUUGCUUUUCUUAUUUCCGCCAGUCCAUCAAGAAGCUGUUUACACUCUGCAGUGUUGCUCUGUUAGGGUUGGCCUCGGGGUGUGCGGUCACUAUGUGCCCCAGCCUGACCCGAA